AUGACCACUGUGGCCGAACCCCCGCAAAAAGUCUGGGCCUCCCUGAUCACCAACCUGCACUACCUGCCGGGCCUCCUCACCCUCGCGCACUCCCUCCACCAAACCAACACCGCCUACCCCUUCCUCGCGCUGUACACGACCUCCCUCCCAGAAGAAGGCAUCGCCGCGCUCCGCGCCCGCGGCAUCCCCAGCCGCCUCGUCCCCACCAUCACCCCGGCGGGGACCUGCACGCACGCGCACGACCCGCGCUUCGCGGAAGCGUGGAAGAAGCUGGUGGUGUUCUCGCUAGCAGACUACGCCCGCAUCGUCCUGCUGGACAGCGACAUGCUCGUGCGCCAGAACAUGGACGAGCUGAUGGACCUCCCUCUGGACGGGGAGACGCAGAUCCUCGCCGCCAGCCACGCGUGCGCCUGCAACCCGCUGCGAAAGCCGCAUUAUCCGAGUGAUUGGUCCGUCCCCUUCCUCAGUCCAGCCCAGGGCUACCCAUCGACCCCGCAAAACUGCGCCUACACAACCCAGCACCCCUGCCCGGACACCGCGCAGACCACCGGUCCCGAGGCGACCGCGGGCGUGGCGAUGCUCAACAGCGGCCUGCUGGUCGUCCAACCCCGGCCGACGGACUUCGGGGCGGUGCAGACGGCGCUCCAGGAUACGGAGCGGGUGAAAGGGUAUGCGCUGGCGGACCAGGAGCUGCUGUCGAACGUGUUCCGCGGCCGGUGGCGGCCGCUGCCGUAUGUGUAUAAUGCGCUGAAGCCGAUGCGUGGAGGCGGGAGCGGGAGCGGGGGUGCAGGCGCAGGUGCAGGUACGCAUGCGGCGAUCUGGCGCGACGGGGCGGUCAAGAAUGUGCAUUUUAUCUUUGCGGUCAAGCCGUGGCAGAUGGACCGGGACCAGGAGGAAGGGGAUGAGUUGGUAAGGUGGUGGUGGGCGGUGGAUGAUGAGCGGAGGCGGGAGGAGAGGGCUCGGGGGGUGGGGGAUGGGUAUUAG